CCAAAUAAAAUCUAUUCUGCAUUUUACGACCAUCCUUCUAUCGCGCUACCGUUCCUCUUGCGCCAUAGUCCCACCCGUGACCUGCAGCAGUGUCCGUCGUCCCCGUCGCCGUCACAUUGCCACAGAGAACUUCUCUGUCUGCCGAUGAAAUCUUUCACAACAGCAAGAUUCACCCUCCAAGCCUCCACCAUCACCUUGGUUGAUGUCUGACUGAGGGCUUGAUUCAUCUUCCUUGACCAGAUCCAAGGGAGAAAAAGAUCAUUCAGGAGCAAAGAGAUUUCGAUUUUGACUCAUUUGAGAAAACCUGAAAGCUGGAAGAACGAGCAGAAGAAGAGCAACAGAAGGGAGGGAGAUCAGGGAGGGCUUCUUCGUUCUUGUGUUCAUCCACAAGUUCUGGGCAUAAAGGAAUUAGCAGAUCUGUGCCUCAGAAGCUUGGACAUAGACGGCAUCUCUGAUCAUAUUGGGGGUAGCUUACCAGUCUGAGGCAGCUCCUUGAGUCCAUUGUUUGUGCACACUACUCAACAAGAAGUGUUGAAAAUAUGUUUCUAGCAUCUUACAGAUCCUGAAGUGAUUGAAUCUGCAGGAUGUUUUCAGCCACUCUUUAGUGGUUGUCAAAGGCUUUUACAACUGCUGAAACCAUGUUGAAUGUAGGAACGCUCAGGGAAUGGAUUUCAUCUGCGCUAGGGUAACUGCGGUAUUGAGGCUAUUAGUUCAUCAAGGCUAAUGGCUUUUUUGGUGUUUUGCUCUUUCCUUCCAUUUAUAUGGAAUCUUACCUUUUAGACCUAGUCAUCUGUAUCAUAUGCAUCCCUAUUGUAUCUUGAAAAAAUGUUCAUAGUUUUUUUUUUUUAAGAUAGAAAAUGGGGGAAUAUAAAAUGAAAUUUGAUAUUGGUUUGAAAAUUUGCUCAUUAUGGGCCCUCUGCUAUAUGAAAGCAUAUGGUGGCAGUUAGUACAAAUCUCAUGGUAUUGCCAAUAUUUUUUUUUUUUUUGUCUUUGGCAUAUGCUAGCUAUGCUUUGUUACCCCUUCACUUCCUUGUAUUAUUUAUGUAUAUGCAAGUCAUUAACUAUUAUUUAACCUUCAAUAUCUCUCUCUGAUCUUUAAUUUCUGGUGCAUUCACUUAUUUUGAAGGAUAACCGUCCUAGUUCUAGCUUAAUUUAUUUUAACUCUUGCUGCUCAUCGUCUAAUGCACCCUAGGAAGCAUUAUGGAUUAAACAGAAAUUAUUCUUGGUCGGAUGGGAUACUACUGCAGGUAAUCAAUAUCCUGCAGUAGCUUGAUCUUCAGAGUGACAGCUUCAUAUUAGAUGAACGGAAGGAGAACAAUCUUCAGAGUUUUACUCCAUAAACAACCUCAAUUGUUCCUCUGUUUCUCUACUUUACCCUCCUUCGAUUCACUUCUCUUCCACCCUUACUAUGACCUCACUAUCUGCAUUUCCUUCCUACAAACUUGUGCUCACCACGGCAAUCUCUCCAAAGGUAAAGAAAUCCAUUCCUACGUACUCAAGAAUGGAUUCCUCAAUUCCCUGCUUUCCGUGACCAGCCUCAUCAAUAUGUACUCUAAGUGCAGCCUCAUGAACUACGCUGUGAAGGUCUUCAAUUACCUGGCCCAGGAAGAUAAGAAUGUCUAUGCAUACAAUGCAAUCAUUUCUGGUGUUUUUGCUAAUGGGUUUUCCCAUAAUGCAUUUGAGCUUUAUAAGCAAAUGCGGUGUGUGGGCAUUGUGCCAGAUAAAUUUACGUUUCCAUGUGUCAUUAGAUCAUGUAGUAAUGCUAUGGAUGCUUUUGAGGUUAAGAAGAUUCAUGGGUUGUUGUUUAAACUUGGACUGGAAUUGGACAUAUUUGUUGGCAGUGCUUUAGUUAAUACAUACUUGAGAUUUGGGUUGACAGAGGAAGCACAGGAGAUGUUUGAUGAAUUGACCGUUAGAGAUGUGGUGCUCUGGAACUCAAUGGUCAAUGGGUAUGCGCAGAUUGCACGCUUUGAUGAGGCUCUAGAGGUGUUUAGGUUGAUGGGCUUAAACGGGGUAAUUCCAAAUAGAUACACAGUUACUGGUGUCUUGUCUAUCUUUGCCAUGACAGGAGACUUAGAUUAUGGUAGAGCAGUUCAUGGAUUUGUUAUUAAAAUGGGCUAUGAUUCGGUUGUUUCUGUUGCUAAUGCACUAAUUGACAUGUAUGGAAAGUGCGGAUGCUUAAUUGAUGCUUUAAACAUUUUUGAGGCAAUGAAUGAGAAGGAUAUCUUUUCAUGGAACUCGAUGUUAUCAGUUCACGAACACUGCACUGAUCAUUAUGGGACUUUGAGGAUUUUCAAUAUGAUGUUAGGUGAAUUGGUUAAACCUGAUUUAGUUACAAUUACAAAUGUACUGCCUGCUUGUGCUCACCUUGCAGCAUUAGUGCAUGGUAGGGAGAUACAUGGUUAUAUGAUUGUUAAUGGUUUUGGUAAAGAUAAUAGUCUAGUGAACAAUGCUGUGAUGGACAUGUAUGCAAAAUGUGGUGAUAUGAUAUAUGCUCGCUUGGUUUUUGAUAAUAUAAGGGAGAAGGAUUUGGCAUCAUGGAACAUUAUGAUCAUGGGUUACGGAAUGCAUGGUUGUGGUGAUGAGGCAUUAGAAUUUUUUUCUCAGUUGUGUCAAACUCAACUGGCACCUGAUGAAAUCACUUUUGUUGGUUUGUUAUCUGCAUGCAGUCAUGCUGGCAUGGUGAAGAAGGGACAGGAAUUUUUGGCAGAAAUGGAAUCAAAAUAUGGUGUUUCUCCAACUAUUGAGCACUACACUUGUGUGAUUGACAUGCUUGGUCGAGCAGGCCAGCUCCAGGAAGCUUAUAAUUUAGUGCUAACAAUGCCCAUUGAGGCUAAUCCUAUAGGGUGGAGAGCUUUGCUAGCAGCAUGCCAUCUCCAUAAGCAUAAAGACCUGGCUAAGAUUGCCGCAAGGAAGUUGAUUGAACUUGAGCCAGGGCACUCUGGAAAUUAUGUAUUGAUGUCAAAUGUCUAUGUAGUUGCUGGUCAAUAUGAGGAAGUAUCAGAGGUGAGGCAUACAAUGAGGCAAGAGAAUGUGAGGAAGACACCUGGGUAUAGCUGGAUUGAGCUCACAGAUGGUGUGCAUUUUUUUGUGACAGGUGAUAGGAGCCACCCCAAAACUGACUUAUCUGUGAUGGCCUAAAUUCAUUGACUGCACUUCUCCGGGAGCAUGGAUAUGUGCCUUCAAUCUAGCAUCUAAUGUGAUUAAAAUCAGGCACGAUGACUUUCUUUCAGGGAUUGAUAACUUGUUGACAGGUAGAUUAGUUGUGGCUCUUCUACUUUUAUGUUGCAUCUUAUACAAUGCUACCAACCUACAACUGCAGAAAUAUCAGAAAUCUCAAUUGCUGUUUGGAGAGGACUAAUGCACACAAAAAUAUUAGUAUUAAAUUGAAAUUAGUACAGUUGUUAAGAAGAGAAAAUAUGUCUUCUUGAAAACCUAGGUUUGAUUCCUUUGCAGAGCACUGUAGGAUUAAAUUCCUUUCCCAAUGGUGAGACAGAAAAUUGUUAUGAUAUAUGAUGAAUUAGAGGAUAGUAUAUCUAUAUAAGAGAAGAUCUGUUGGUCGACGAAAUUAAUUACAUGAUUAACUUGAGGAUAGCAUGAUAAGACUGAUACCUUCUUGAUGAAUAAAUUCCAAUCUCUAGAGGGGUGGCCACUGAAAGUGGUAAGUGCUUUUGGGUUGUUGUUGAAGCAUCCACAUCAGCAUAGAUCUCCAUGUCAGCUACUAGCAAGAAAAUAUCCUCUGAUAGGUCACAUAAGAGUUACUAGUAAUUGCAGCAAUCUAGAUGCUUCCAUUGUUGUAGCACGUGUCAUUCUUAUACAGACUGAAGGCUUUCUAUAUUGAUGCCUAACUGUACAGAAUUGAUAUGAAAUGAAUAAUAUUCAGAGUUUUAUUGCC